AUGGCAUCACUCAAUAAAAAGAACAUUGUAAAAAUCCUCGAAAGAUGUGUAAAGAAUAAUUUAUUAAAUGAAAAGAUUCGCUCUUUGUGUACAAGCAAGAUAAAUCGCAAUAGAGCUUCUGGAGAUAUCAUAGGUAUUGAUUUAGGUACCACUAACAGUUGUGUAGCUAUAAUGGAAGGUAAACAAGGAAAGGUUAUAGAAAAUUCAGAAGGAUUUAGAACCACCCCAUCUGUUGUUGCCUUUACAAAUGAUAAUCAAAGGUUAGUUGGUAUAGUUGCAAAAAGGCAAGCUAUAACAAAUCCUGAGAAUACAGUAUAUGCAACAAAAAGAUUUAUAGGUAGAAAAUAUGAUGAAGAUGCUACUAAAAAGGAGCAAAAAAAUCUACCAUAUAAAAUUGUUAGAGCAUCUAAUGGCGAUGCUUGGAUUGAAGCACAGGGAAAGAAAUACUCCCCAAGUCAAAUAGGUGCAUGUGUUUUAGAAAAAAUGAAAGAAACAGCUGAAAAUUAUUUAGGAAGAAAAGUUCAUCAAGCUGUAAUUACAGUACCAGCUUAUUUUAAUGAUUCACAAAGACAAGCCACAAAAGAUGCUGGUAAAAUUGCAGGUUUAGAUGUUUUAAGAAUUAUUAAUGAACCAACUGCUGCUGCUUUAGCAUUUGGAUUAGAAAAGAGUGAUGGUAAAGUUAUUGCUGUAUAUGAUUUAGGAGGUGGUACAUUUGAUAUUUCUAUUUUAGAAAUUUUGGGUGGUGUUUUUGAAGUUAAGGCUACCAACGGUAAUACAUCCUUAGGAGGAGAAGACUUUGAUCAAAGAAUAUUAGAAUAUUUCAUUUCUGAAUUUAAGAAAAAGGAAAAUAUUGAUUUAAAAAAUGACAAGUUAGCUUUACAAAGAUUAAGAGAAGCAGCUGAAACAGCCAAAAUUGAAUUAUCUAGUAAAACUCAAACAGAAAUUAACUUACCUUUCAUUACAGCUAACCAAACAGGUCCAAAACAUUUACAAAUAAAAUUAACAAGAGCUAAAUUAGAAGAAUUAUGUCACGAUUUAUUAAAAGGAACUAUUGAACCAUGUGAAAAAUGUAUUAAGGAUGCAAAUGUUAAAAAAGAAGAAAUCAAUGAGAUUAUAUUAGUUGGUGGUAUGACUAGAAUGCCAAAGGUAACAGACACUGUUAAACAAAUUUUCCAAAAUAAUCCAUCAAAAGGUGUGAAUCCAGAUGAAGCUGUUGCUUUAGGUGCUGCUAUACAAGGAGGUGUAUUAAAAGGUGAAAUUAAAGAUUUACUUUUAUUAGAUGUUAUUCCCUUAUCUUUAGGUAUUGAAACCUUAGGUGGUGUCUUCACAAAAUUGAUUAAUAGAAACACAACUAUUCCAACCAAAAAGUCUCAAAUAUUUUCUACAGCUGCUGAUAAUCAAACACAAGUUAGCAUUAAAGUAUUCCAAGGAGAAAGAGAAAUGGCUAUUGAUAACAAAUUAUUAGGUUCUUUUGAUUUAGUUGGUAUUCCACCAGCACCAAGAGGUGUACCACAAAUAGAGGUUACCUUCGAUGUUGAUGCCAAUGCUAUUAUUAAUAUAUCAGCUAUUGAUAAAAUGACCAACAAAAAACAACAAAUUACUAUACAAAGUAGUGGUGGUUUAAGCAAGGAAGAAAUCGAAAAAAUGGUUCAAGAAGCUGAAUUAAACAGAGAAAAAGAUCAACUUAAGAAAAACUUAACUGAUUCUAAAAACGAAGCUGAAACACUUAUUUAUAGUUCUGAAAAACAAUUGGAAGAUUUCAAAGAUAAAAUUUCCGAUUCUGAUAAAGAUGAAUUAAGACAAAAAAUUACAGUAUUGAGAGAAAAAUUGACAUCUGAUGAUUUAGAUUCUAUUAAAGAUGCCACUAAGCAGUUACAAGAAAAAUCAUGGGCCAUAUCACAAGAAAUGUACAAAAAUAAUGCUCAACAAGGAGCCCAACAAGAACAACCAAAUAAUGAAAAUAAAGCUGAAGAAAAUAAAGAUAACGCAUAA